AAAUUCAGCAGCUGUGUUUGGCUUCGUGUGUGCGUGGUGUGUGUCGCGAGUGUGUGUGCGCGGUGUGUGUUGCUUUCCAUCCAGACUCCCAUCCAAGCAAGCAAGCAUGUCGGACGACGCGUGGACGUGCACCGUGUGCACAUUGCAGAACCCAACGAGAGUUGUUCGGUGUCAAGCAUGCCUUGCCAUUCGAGGAUCUUCGCGCCGCCACACCUCGGCAACUGUCGAUCGGCUUCGUCUCGAAGAAGAACAGAUGGCUGCCAUGGUGAGGCUGCAACACGAGCCAGACGGUGCAAAGAAGAAGAAGCAGAAGAAGAUGGCGGGCAGCCAGGAGACCAGCCCAUCAACGGCACCGUCAAAGAAGAAAACAAAGUUGAAGAAGAACAAGACGAAGAAGAAGCAGCCACAACAACAACCCACAGCGAGCACCAAGACACCACAGCCACCCAAGAGCAAAGCGUCGCCCAUCACCAUAGCCACACUGUCCCUGAUGCAGGAACUGCCGGUCAGGACCACCUUCAGCCCUGACAUGGUCCCGCACGUGAAUGGUGUCGCGGGGAAGUACAACGAGGAACACAGGUGCUACAACGUCAUUGUUCCAGACACCACGUUCACGAUAUUUCAGUUCUUCUGCCACGAGAAGCCGACGCGGCAACGGUUUGCACGCCUGAGCGAUGCGCACGUGCGCGAGGUGCAGUCAUUUUUGGCAAAGGAGGCAAAGGAGCAAGCACAGCAGCAACAACAACACGAGCAACAGCAGCAGCAACAACAGCAGCAGUGGGAGGAGAAAGGUGCCGAGGCACACGGUGGAGUGGCAGACACGAGCCAGGCGAACGACAAUGACGAUGACGAUGAUGAGCAUGAUGGUGAUGGUGAUGGUGGUGCAAGACGGCACGGUGUUGGUGAUGAAGCAGGGGCACACAGGGAACAUGGAAGGAGGGGUGAACAGAUGGAAGAAGAGGAAGAAGAAGAAGAAGAGGAGGAGGAGGAGGAGGAUGAGGAGGAGGAUGUGCUUGUGCGUGAGACACACCGCGUGGAUAUCUGAUAUGAGAGCGCCGUCUCGCUGUUCAUAUGCUGCCAUCCUGCCUCGCUUCGCCUCGCUUUGCCUCGCUUGCGGGCAUGCCCUUGUCCAUAUGAAUAAUAGAGGACCACAGAGAGACAGA